CACGCAGCAGACCUGACCUACAAAAAUUCACGAUGCCAUCAGCAGUGUCGCCAAAUCGGCGAGCAGGGUCUGCGCAACCAGAUGAACUGGAUCGGCUUCUGGAGGACGACCAGGCUAUAGAAGACUUCUUCAACGACUUGCCGAGAGAGGUCCAGAGCAGCAGAACGGCACAGAACGAGCAAGGCAGAGAUGAGGAUCAAGAAGUGCAGAUCAAGAAGAAACGCGUCCCUAUUCCCAAGUUGGACGAGAAUCGACUACUGUCCCAAGCUGGAAUCCCGAAGCUACGCAAGAUUACGAAGUCGCGACUGAAAUUUCGUGGCAAGGGUCAUGAAUACACCGAUAUAUCGAAUUUAUUAAACACGUACCAGCUCUGGCUCGACGAUCUAUACCCACGAGCCAAGUUCAGAGAUGCAGUGACCAUGGUCGAGAAAGUUGGUCACAGCAAGCGAAUGCAGGUGACACGGAGAGCAUGGCUGGACGAAACCAAGCCCAAUCGCAGAGAUCUCACGCCACCGCCUGAUCUUGGUAUUGACACAGAGGACGCCAAGUCCGGUUAUACGGGAGAUUCGGCGCCCAAUGCCAAUGUCUCUCAAGCUGAUCUGGAUGCCACAGCCCCAGCAGACGAUGAACUCGAUGCUCUCUUGGCACAAGGUGGGGACGGGAAUGCACCAGCGAACUUGAGCACGGCACACAGAAGGACGGAACCUUCAGAAGGUAAUGAUGGGCCAGAUGAGGAUGAACUCGAUGCAUUGAUGGCGAAUUCCCAAGUGAUUGAGCCUCCUAAGCGGAAACCGCUACUACCAUUCGAGGAGGAGUCGGACGACGACGAUGAACUGGACGCUUUGAUGGCAGCGCAGACCUCGAAGCAGCCGGACCCGGUCGCUGCAUCGCGGCAAGGACAAGACGAUUUCGCAGAUGAUGAGGAAGCGAUGAGGGAAAUGUGGUAG